AUGAUAUUUGUUUACUGUUUUGAGGUUACAGUUAAAAUUUACCGGUUUAUAAUUUUUUAGAUGUCUUCAGAAAAGAAAGACCCACUCUUUGAAUCUAUAACUACGGUCUUAAGUUGUUUUCUUGAUCCAAGCUCGGAGGCACAAAAUGCAGCAUCGGAAAAAAAGAAAAUUUUGGAAGUUGUAGAUGAAUACCCGCUGGUCCUUUCCGACAUCAUUGCCAGUGAAGAAGCAUUCCCAGAGAGACAACUUGCUUCAGUGUUCUUGAGAAAUUAUGUGGGAGUGAUUUACAAAAAGGCACAAAGUGGUUCAGUCACAAACAUGGGCUUAUUUCAGAAGGAUAUUGGCAAAAAACUAUGUUUUAAUUUGUUGGAAAUUUUAUCUACUGUUGCGGAACCAAUCAAAAAUAUUGUUUGUGGAUCAUUGGCCAUGUUAUGUGCAAUUGGAUUUUGGCCCCAAGUAAACCCACUUGUCCUCAACAUGCUUAAUAGUGGGAAUGCCCAUAGUAUAGAUAUUGCUGCUAGUCUAAUAAAGGAAACUUUUAUUGUGCAGUUUGAAGACAUAUUGGAACCUGACGCUGAACGCAGUUAUGUAGAUCACCUUUUGGAUAUUCUAAAAACUAACACUUUGACUUCAAAGACAAGGGCGAAUGCUGUUUCUCCAAUGUAUGUAAAAAUUAAAGCUCUAAAGAACAAUGAAGAAGUAUUGGCAAAUUAUUUACCAAUAGUUGGUUCAAUCUUUGAGCAGAUUUUAAAUGAACCAUAUUCUGAAAAUUCUGAUUUUCAUCUUAAAUGUGAAGUAAUUCAGUGCCUAUCUGAGUUUAUGGAAGAGAUUCCUAGCAUUACAAAAAUAAGCCUACCAGCAUGUUUGUCAGCAAUUGGAAAUUUAUUAACAAUGUGUUGUACAAAUUAUAAAGCUCUGGUGAUGGAUAAUGCAUCUGUUCCUCAUGAUGCUUCAGAGACAGAUAUAGAAGAGCCAAUUAAUUUUUAUCUGCUUGUGAUGGCCAUAAUGCAAUUCAUGAAGUCUCUGUUUGGAAAUUAUUAUUUUGAAAUUUUGAUGGAUGACUUAGAUAACAUUUUAUACUGCAUUCUGGUCUUUAUGUCUUGUCAUCAUGACAUGGAUAAGCAAGUGUUUAUGGAAAGCUAUGAUAAGGGAUAUUAUUUUGCCCUUAGAACUCUGUGUGUCAACAUUAUACAGGAAAUUGUUACAAAUUUUGGUACUAGGCGUCCCAACGGUAGAUCUAUAGUUAUUAAAAAUUUAAACAAUACCUUUCAAAAAUUAAGUAGUGAAAUUCAAGAAAGCAACAAUACCCUUUAUAUGGUAAGAAUCAAUGAAGCCAUGAUGUUCGCUCUAGGAGAGUGUUACAAUUAUUUUGAUAAAAAUGGGGAGUACAUAUUCCCAUUCCUUCAAUACAUGGAUUAUUGGACAUCCCUGGCAAGAACGCAAUCAAACCUAAUGAUUAAAGGACGAGUAUUAUGGCUUGGUGCCACUUAUAACUUAGAGUUAACUACAGCUCUGCUUAAUGUGCAUUUGAAAACACUUCUGGAAAAUUUAACCGUGGGCAAUACAUAUUUAUAUUCAGUAUGUGCCGGAGCACUCAGAAAUCAUUUAAUUAGUUUUCAAAAGAUUUCUGUGGAAAGUCAAAUGGUUAUGAGAAAUUUUGCGGAAGAAAUGUUGAUCAGCAUUCUGAAUGUUGCUGAAGAUGCAGUACCUCACUGUUGCAUUUUGACAGUCUUGGGACAUUACUUGGAACUUUAUUUGAAUAGUGCCCUUAGACAUUUUGCGCAAAUAGAUGAGUUGUUAAUAAGGGUAUUAUGCGAACAUGUUUCUUCAGUGAGAGUUAUGAAUGAACUUAAUUUCAUAUUAUCUCGUGUUGCUAGUAUUUGGAGAAUGGACAAUUCUGUACAUCAUAAAUUUUUAUCCCUAUUAAUAAACGUUUUGCGCAAAAAGGGACCAGCAUCACUGAAAGAGGAUGAGGAUAAAGUUCUUCAAUUGAUUAAUACAUAUAUUUUGUACAACUAUGAACAUGAUGAUUUGCUUCUUCUCGAAGUAUUCCAUGGAGCCAAGCGGAUAAUCUCAGAAAACUGUGAUGCUACUACAGAGCAAGCUUUAAUUUUGAUGACGACAAUGUUAGUGAAGGCAUCAGAGCAGUUAAAGUACCUCGCGGACGAAAAAGGAUUUCCAGUAGUACACAAUUUACCUGCUAUCAUACAAUAUCAGUUGGUGUCGGUCAACGAUAUUGCGGGUGAUGUGCCUGGAUUGCUGACAGUAGUGACCAUUUAUUACUUGCCAGAAAUGAUGGAGCCCCAUUUUAACUCAAUUUUGAAACACAUAUUGACGACUGAUAAUAAUUAUUUUAAAAGUAUGAGGUGUAUAUGGUUAGUGUUUUUGUUCAUCUGUAUGCUUCAACCACUCGACACUCUUAGGUUUUUGUCCAGUUUGCCUGGACCAAGUGGAGGUAGUGCCUUAACUUAUGUAUUGGGUAUGUGGGAUUCAGACUCUUAUUCUUCAGUGACAAAUAUCGAGAGACAAAUUCAGGUUAUUUGUAUAAAGAAAAUAAUAGAACACUGCUUGUCAAAUCAGCAAGAUUUUCAGCGGAUGUGUGACAUUUGCAUUCGUUGCCCGGGACAGCUGGAAGAAUAUACAUUAAGCGGUUUUGAAACGCUUUAUCUACACUUAAUUUCUAUUUUACGUUUCCAGGAUGAAUUUCAGCAGUAUCUCAGAAAUUUGCCAUUUGAUGUCGAGGAUUGUAUGAUGUUGAUUGAUAAGAAUUACUUGGAGCUCUUCAAGAAUCAUCCUUUCAAUAUCGACAUAAUCACAAACAUUGUGAAUUUUUUGAAAGUCCCCACACCGCCUUACUUCAGUGUAUUGCAAAAAGUUUUUAGUCAGAGCGAGUAUAUUAUGCUACGUGAGUACGGCUGCGCAGUUCCUAACAAUAUUCAAUUCCAAGAGCGUAUGGAAUAGUUCAAAUGCAGACUCG